ACAAGGAGGUGGUGCCAGGCUGGUUGCUAGCCGCCGGUGCGAGCCAGCUCCGCUGCCCCGCGCCUCAUUGUCAGCCUCCCGGGAGGCAUCGCCGAGGGCCGUGGGGGACCAGGUCGCAGACCUGGCCGAGUCGCCCGGCCCGGUUCUCUAAGGGUUCCCUGGCAGGGCCCGCUGUCUACCAUGAAAAGCUCCAGGGUCGUCAGAAGCGCCCCUGAAGGCAGCCCUGAAUGUGCAGACCUGAGUCUGACUGGACUUCCUCCGCCACUGUCCCGGCGCCCCAGCAGCGCUUCAACUACUAAGCCCUUCGUGCGGUCUGUCUCUGUGGCUGCAGGCAGCGAGCCCAAGAGGAAGGCGCUGGAGGCUGCAGGGCCGGGGAGCUCCAGGACCAUCAACAACCUUCGAAGAUCUAACAGUACCACACAGGUCAACCAGCCCUGGACUGGCUCUCCCAGGCCAACAGAUUCCCCCGACUUCCUGUUUGAGGGCAGCCCUGGUGGGAGAAGGAGGCUGGCAGGUCUGAGCAAGGCAUCUGGUGAAAAGGAAGCCACUUGGAAUGUCCUGGAUGAGCAGCCCAGGGGCUUUGGCUUGCCAGCUAGCACCCAGAAUUCCAGUGCCCUCGAUGCCCCAGUGAGCCCACGGAGGAAGGAGUGCCCCCUGGCACCUACCUUCACUGCUAACAACAGGAGCAACAAGGGAGCUGUGGGCAACUGUGUCACCUCCAUGGUGCACAACCACUACACCCCCUCGGAGAAGGCGCACCCCCUCAAGAGCUCCAACCAGACCACCCCCUCCCUCAAUAACAUCAUCAAGGCGGCCACCAGUGAGGGCAGCGAGGGCAGCAGCUUCGGGAAGAACUUCACCAGCAGCCACCACACAGCCCAGGGUGUGAUCACAGGGAGCAGCGCCCCACUCAGGCGGAAGGAAGUGACCGAAGAGGAGGCCGAGAGGUUUAUUUGCCAGGUGAACCAGGCUGCUGUCACCAUCCAGCGCUGGUACCGCCACCAGGUGCAACGGCACCAUGCAGGAGCCAGAAGCUUGGAGCACCUGCUGGCAUCCAAGCGAGAGGAGCAGCAGCAGCAGCAGCGACUGGGCGGUGGGAACCUCCUGGAGCUGCACCGGCAAAAGGAGGUGGCGAGGAAAAAGGCCCGAGAGGAGAAGGCUCGGCAGGCCAGGAGGGCAGCCAUUCAGGAACUGCGGGAGAAGCGAGCCCAGAAGUCAGGGGAAGCUGAGCUACCCAAGGAAAGCCUGGAGACCAGAGCAUGGGGGCGGCCUCUGCCUACCCAGGGGCCGCUCCCAAUGCCAGGCAGUGCUGCUUGCCAGGGCCUCAAAGCUAGCAAUGCUGGUGCCAGCAGCCACCCUGCAAGCCCCAGGGACUCCUGCCUGCCCAUCUCCAACUCAUCCCCAGAGCCCCAGCAGUCUCCAGAGGACAAGCUGAAGGACGUCCACUCCCAGGAUCUGACCAGCGAGGAUGUGGAGGCAGUGGUCCCUGUCAGGAGCAGGGCCAAGUCCAGGGCAACCCUGGAUCAGUUGCUGGACUCGCUACGACUGUUAGAGGAGGAGCCGGAGCCACUGCCCCGUCCCAGGGCCUAUCAAAAGGACAAAUAUGCCUGGAUUGAUGAGGAGGAUGACACCAGCUCUCUGACAGCUGACAACUUGGAGAAAUUUGGGAAACUCAGUGCACCCCCUGGACCUCCUGAGGACGGAACACUUCUCUCAGAGGCCAAGCUGCAGAGCAUCAUGAGCUUCCUGGAUGAGAUGGAGAAGUCGGAGCAGAGUCGGCUGGCCCCCCAGCGGGAGAGGCCAGUGUCCGAGGCGGGGCGAGACCAUCUGGAGGUGGCGUCCAAGGGGAAUGCGUCCGUGAUGCGUCUGAAGCUGGAAGUCGAGGAGAAGAAGCAAGCCAUGUUGCUGCUGCAGAGAGCGCUGGCACAGCAGCGUGACCUCACCGUUAGGCGGGUCAAGGAAACGGAGAAGGAGCUGAGCCGGCAGCUGCGGCAGCAGAAGGAGCACUAUGAGGCCACCAUCCAGCGGCACCUGACCUUCAUCGACCAGCUGAUCGAAGACAAGAAGGUCCUGAGUGAGAAAUAUGAGGCUGUGGUGGCCGAGCUGAAGCAGGGGGACCAGCGGUGUCGGGAGCGCCUGGCCCAGAUGCAGGAGCAGCAUGAGCUGGAGAUUAAGAAACUCAAAGAACUUAUGAGUGCCACUGAGAAAGUCCGCCGGGAAAAGUGGAUCAAUGAGAAGACCAAAAAGAUCAAGGAGAUCACUGUCAGAGGUCUGGAGCCCGAGAUCCAGAAGCUCAUCGCCAAGCACAAGCAGGAAGUCAGGAGGCUCAGGGACCUGCAUGAAGCAGAGCUGCUGCAGCGUGAGGAACAGGCUGCACAGCGCUACCUGCGCCAGGCUGAGGAGCUGCGGGAGAAUGUGGAGCGGGAGAAGGAGGCCAUGGGCCAGCAGGAGCGCGAGCGUGCCCGGCAACGGUUUGAGCAGCACCUGGAGCAGGAACAGCGGGCCCUAGAGCAGCAGCGACGGCGACUGUACAGCGAGGUGGCUGAGGAGAGGGAGCGGCUGGGCCAGCAGGCAGCCAGGCAGCGGGCGGAGCUAGAGGAGCUGAGGCAGCAGCUGGAGGAGAGCAGCUCUGCGCUGACCCGAGCCUUGAGGGCCGAGUUUGAGAAGGGCAGGGAGGAGCAGGAGCAGCGGCACCAGAUGGAGAUGAAGGCCCUGAAAGACCAGCUGGAGGUAGAGCGGCAAGCAUGGGCUGCCAGCUGUGCCAAGAAGGAGGAAGCAUGGCUCCUGAACCGGGAACGUGAGCUGAAGGAGGAAAUCCGGAAAGGCCGGGACCAGGAGAUUGAGCUGGUUAUCCACCGGUUGGAAGCUGACAUGACGCUGGUCAAGGAGGAGACAGAGAGGGCAGCUGAGAGCCGCGUCAAGCGUGUGCGCGACAAGUAUGAGACUGAGCUCUCGGAGCUGGAGCAGUCAGAGCGGAAGCUUCAGGAGCGGUGCACAGAGCUGAAAGGGCGUCUGGGGGAAGCGGAGGGGGAGAAGGAGCGUCUGCAGGCCCUGGUGCGGCAGAAAGAGAAGGAGCUGGAGGACGUGCGGGCAGUAAAUGCACAGCUGUCCGGCGAGCGCAGCAGUGUGACCCAGGUGGUCCGCCAAGAGUUUGCUGACCGGCUGGCUGCCUCUGAGGAAGAGAAUCGGCAGGUCAAAGCCCAGCUGGCCGAGUUACAGGCCCGCCAGCAGCUGGAGCUGGAUGAGGUGCACCGCAGGGUGAAGACGGCCCUGGCCAAGAAGGAGGAAGCCGUGAGCAGCCUCCGGAGGCAGCAUGAGGCUGCGGUGAGGCGGGCUGACCACCUGGAAGAGCUACUGGAGCAGCACAGGCGGCCACCUCUAAGUGCCAAGUGAUGCCGUACGCAGGAUAGAGGACAGGCCAGAAUGGGUGCUGGACCUUGCAACUGGCGCCCAGGCCGUGCCCACUACAACACAGGGCUGUGCGGGGGAGGAGUCAUUGCGUGAGCCCACCUGUGCCCACCCCUCCUCAGGAUGCCUGUGGUCAGAGUGUCUGCAGCUGUGUUUUAUAGUAAAAAGAGGUGUGUUUUUUA